AUGCACGCUGCCACGCUUGUUGUGCUUGCUGUUGUGGCUACAGCCGCCACCGCUUCCGCCCACCAGCUCGGUGGCUGUCGCCGCCCUGAGAUUGGCUGGACGUUUGGCCCCGUGGUCAAGUCUCCCCAGCCCCACGAGUACCUCGAUGUGGGUGCGCUGCCGGAGUCGUUUGCCUGGAACAACGUGUCCGGCGUCAACUUCCUCUCCCGCUCCCGCAACCAGCACAUCCCGCAGUACUGCGGCAGCUGCUGGGCCCAUGGAACCACCAGCGCCCUCAACGACCGUCUUUCCAUCAUGCGCCGCAACGCCUGGCCCGAGAUCAACCUCGCCCCGCAGGUUCUGUUGAACUGCAACGGCGGCGGCUCAUGCGGUGGCGGUGCUCCUGGCGGUGUCUGGGAGUACAUCUACCACAAUGGAAUCCCUGAUGAGACGUGCCAGAACUACGAGGCCCGCGACGGCCAGUGCAACGCCAUGGGCAUUUGCGAGACCUGCUCUCCUGGCCAGGGCUGCUCUGCCAUCUCCAACUUUACCCUGUACUACGUCUCCGAGUUUGGCGGCGUCUCCGGCGUUGACCGCAUCAAGGCCGAGAUCUAUGCUCGCGGCCCCAUUGCUGCCGGUAUCGACGCGACGCCCGAGCUUGAGAAGUACACGGGCGGCGUCUUCUCGCAGAAGAAGCUCAUCCCCAUGAUCAACCACGAGGUGUCCAUCUGCGGAUGGGGCGUCGACAACGGCGAAGAGUACUGGCUCGUCCGUAACAGCUGGUACGCAAUGGCUGGCGAGGCUGGGUACUUCCGCAUCACGACCAAGGCUGGGGAGAACCUUGGCAUUGCGUCGCAGGGCAGCUGGGCGGUCCCGUCCUUCCACAAGCAGAGCGCCCCGCAGGCCAACACCAUUCUUGCCGAGGAGAUCAUGCGCGAGCUCGGCGCUGCUCCCGCCCGCUCCGCACGCAAGCAGAUGCCCACCAUGCCUGCCGACGGCCAGCUGUUCACGACCAACCCGGACAUCAAGAAGGGCGCGUACUUCCGCUACAACAAGCCUGCCGUGCGCAAGGGUACCCCCACCUCCCACGUUGUCUCUCCAAUGCCACACACCUACCUCAGGCCAUCUGAUGUUCCGCAGACGUACGACCCGCGCAACAUCAACGGCGUGGACUACACCACCGUCAACCGCAACCAGCACAUUCCACAGUACUGCGGCAGCUGCUGGGCGCACGGCACUACCAGCGCUCUUGCAGACCGCAUCAAGCUUGCUCGUAACCGCACCUUCCCAGACAUUCAGCCAUCCGUCCAGGUUCUUGUUGACUGCGUGACGCUGAACAACACGCACGGGUGCGAGGGCGGCGACCCCACGGCGGCGUACUCGUACAUCCUGCAGAACGGCAUCCCCGACGAGACGUGCACCAACUACCUCGCCAAGGACCAGACAUGCACCCCCAUCAACACCUGCCGCACCUGCAGCCCCGACAGCUGCUCCGCGGUUGCCAGCCCACCUCUCGUGCACAUCAAGGAGCACGGCCAGAUUUCCGGCGCCGAGAACAUGCGCGCUGAGAUCUUCGCCCGCGGCCCCAUCGCAUGCACUGUUGCCGUGACCCCUGCCUUUGAGGCGUACUCUGGUGGCAUCUUCAACGACACCACAGGCGCCCACUCGCUCGACCACGAGAUUGAGGUUGUUGGCUUUGGUGUGGACGAGCAGACGGACACCCCCUACUGGAUUGGCCGCAACAGCUGGGGAACGUACUGGGGAGAGACCGGCUGGUUCAGGAUUGUGCGCGGCGUGAACAACCUCGGCAUUGAGGCCAACUGCGACUGGGCCGUGUGGGAUGGCGUGCUCCCCGCUUACCAUCUCCCAAGCCAGCACCACCAGGCCGACAUCUCCAGAGGACGGGACAAGCAGCCCCGCCGCAGAUACGCCUCAGCAGGACGCCGCACCGACCAGCAGGUGCGAACCGCCACCCCGUUCCCAUCCCUGUCGCGUGACGCUUCCUCCCCCGCCGCUUCUCCUACCACCCCCUCCCCCUGGCCACUCCAGCCAGAGGGCCCAGCCUCUGCCGCAGUGCCUCCCUCGCCGCCAGCCCCCGUGAGCCCACCGCCAUCGCCCUCUCAAGCAGGCACUCCCAUCCUCUUCGAGGGGCCUCCCCAUCACGAUGCCUCCCCCGACCUGCCCGCGCAAGCCGCGGCCACCACCACCACCGCCGGCAUCCACGACGACCCCGACACGCAACUGCACGACGUGUUCGCAGUCCACGAGUGCUGCCGGACGCCAGGCUGCUGGGUCAGCACCCACCAGCCCGUCUUACUCACGCCAGAGCAACUCGCGCCACGCCAGCCACCCCCGCGCUUCCCCUGCCCCUUCGAGCGGUGCCGCAAGCACCAACACUCGGCAGGCGCCGAAGACACGCGCCGAAGACACGCGCCGAAGACACGCGCCGAAGACACGCGCCUCGACUUUACCAAGCUGGCUCAGCACUUCCGUUCCCAACAUGCAGACGACCUGUCCCCAGGUCUCGCGGAAGCAUUCGGACUCACAUACUGCACCAGCUGCACGGGGCACAUCUUCUCGCCGCGCCACAGAUGCAGCAAUCGGGCACACGCCCCCGAGGCCGGGGCUGAUGCCGAUGCCCAUGACCUCCCCAUCCUCCAGCCCUCCGACGGCUAGUGGACUCGAGAUCUGAAGGGCAUCGAAGCGGACCUCGUCGAGCGCGUGCGAAACAAGGACGACAGCGACAUCUUCCACUGCUACCGCACCGCCCAGAAGAUCCCUAACCAUCCCCUCGCGUAUCGGGCCUUGCGGAUCGCAUCCAACAUGAUCGUAGAAGCUGAAAGCGACCCCAACAAGCGGAAGCGGCACAACGACUACGUCCUGGGUGCCUUCCACCUACUGCAGCUCAUUUUCGCCAGGGACAAGGCACACUACAUCCGGAACAACACACUACACGCCCGG